CUAGGGGCAUGUCGGCGCUCCACUGCCAAGGCUGCAGCGGUCCCCGCGAGAUGGCCAGUAACCCAUGUGCCAGGUAGCAUUCUAUGCCGACCUUGAAUAACAACAGGAAGCCGCUGAGCAGCAAACUCUUCGUAGAUCAUAACUUGCUGUUGGAAUAACUUAGAAAAGAAGAAAAAGGAAUUGGAACCAUGGCAAAAGUAAAUAGACCUGGGUCUACCUCCCCUCCAGAUGGAGGAUGGGGCUGGAUGAUCGUGGCUGGCUGUUUCCUUGUUACCAUCUGCACCCGGGCGGUCACCAGAUGUAUCUCAAUUUUUUUUGUGGAGUUCCAGACAUAUUUUGCUCAGGAUUAUGCACAAACAGCAUGGAUCCAUUCCAUUGUAGACUGUGUGACUAUGCUUUGUGCUCCACUUGGGAGUGCUGUCAGUAACCACUUAUCCUGUCAAGUGGGAAUCAUGCUGGGUGGCUUGCUUGCAUCUACUGGUUUCAUCCUGGGCUCAUUUGCCACCAGCCUGAAGCAUCUCUACCUCACUCUGGGAGUUCUUACAGGUCUUGGAUUUGCACUUUGUUACUCUCCUGCGAUUGCCAUGGUUGGCAAGUAUUUCAGCAGACGGAAAGCCCUUGCUUAUGGGAUUGCCAUGUCAGGGAGUGGCAUUGGCACCUUUGUCCUGGCUCCUGUGGUUCAGCUCCUUAUUGAACAGUUUUCCUGGAGGGGAGCACUCCUCAUUCUCGGGGGCUUCGUUUUGAAUCUCUGUGUUUGUGGUGCCUUGAUGCGGCCAAUUACUCUUAAAGAGGACCGUUCAAGUCCAGAGCAGAAAUGUGACUGUCGAACUCAGAAAGAAGACUGUAAGCGGGCAGCUCCCUAUUCACCUUUGACCAAAGAAUGGGCGCAGACCUGCCUGUGUUGCUCUUUGCAGCAGGAAUACAGUUUUUUGCUGAUGCCAGACUUUGUUGUGUUAGCCGUCUCUGUUCUGUUUAUGGCUUACGGCUGCAGCCCUCUCUUUGUGUACUUGGUGCCUUAUGCUUUGAGUGUCGGAGUGAGUCACCAGCAAGCUGCUUUUCUUAUGUCCAUACUUGGGGUGAUUGACAUUAUUGGCAAUAUCACAUUUGGAUGGCUAACCGACAGAAGGUGUCUGAAGAAUUACCGGUAUGUUUGCUACCUCUUUGCUGUGGGCCUAGAUGGGCUCUGCUAUCUCUGCCUUCCAAUGCUUCGAAGUCUCCCCCUCCUGGUGCCUUUCUCUUGUACCUUUGGCUAUUUUGAUGGAGCCUACGUGACCUUGAUCCCAGUAGUGACUGCUGAAAUAGUAGGGACCACCUCUUUGUCAUCAGCGCUGGGUGUGGUGUACUUCCUUCAUGCAGUGCCCUACUUGGUGAGCCCACCCAUUGCAGGAUGGCUGGUGGAUACGACUGGCAGCUACACUGCAGCGUUCCUUCUCUGUGGAUUUUCAAUGAUCUUUAGUUCUGUGUUGCUUGGCUUUGCUAGACUUGUAAAGAGGAUGAAAAGAACCCAGCUGCCAUUCCUUGCCAAAGAAUCUGAUCCCAAGCUGCAGCUUUGGACCAAUGGAUCAGUGGCUUAUUCUGUAGCAAGAGAAUUAGAUCAGAAAGAUGGGGCUUCUGUGGCUACAGCAGCUCCUGGUUACAACCUCACAUGACCAAUGGCCUUCAGCCUGGGAAUCUUUGGGGCUGAUGGAAGAAAGGCCACCAGACUGGGCAUAUUUCUGAAGCAUUUUAUUUUGGCAGAAGUAUUGCCUUCUAGGGAAAUCAUUAUUAUUGUUUUGUUAACAUAUUUAUAAGGGAAAAUAGAAAAAAAAUAAAGAAAGCUGGACUAGCCUAGAGUUUCUUCGUUUGUAAUUUGGACUUGUAAUAUUGCUCUUUGGGGAAUGGAAGGAGUUGAUAGUGUUGGCUGUGAUUAAGGGUAGUUCCAAGGCAUAGCCAAAGCAAGUGACCUGGCAGCAGCACUGUAAUCCCCAACACUCUGCUCCCAUCUCCACCCCCUUCAUCCCCCCUCAGAAGGCAAACAGAAACACUGACACGUGGGAUUGCUUAUCCUAUGCAGUUUGCAGAAGUGAGGGGGGUCAUCUUGGGUGUGCUGGCAGAGUGUGAAAAUGCCAAUCCUUUUCCAAGGUGGAGUUCCUCAUUAGGGUUUUCAACAGGGUGGUUAAAGCAUACUUGAGAUUCUUGCAAAGGUAAUGAUUAAUAUAAAAAGAGACCCCCGUCCCCAUACCCCUUUCUUAGUCUUCCAGCUAGCCCUUGCUUCUGCCAAUGGGUAGAUAUCACUUUGAGAAUCCAUGAAAUGCCAUGGUUGGAAUGGCAUCUUAAAGGGUAGCUGGUAAGAUCUGUUUGAAAUUGCUUGAAAUGGAAAGCUCCUUUCCUAAGACUGUCCCAGGCACACACCUCUGUUACUAUCACAUACUAACUGUAAAUUCAGGAGGACCUGUCAAGUCACAAGGGCAGCCUUUCUAUCUUUUCUAAAA